AUGGGCAUGCUUGUGACAGUAGCGACCUGCUCCCUCAACCAGUGGGCGCUUGAUUUCGAUGGCAAUACGGAGCGCAUAAUCGCAAGCAUUAAACAAGCGAAAGCAGCAGGGGCUCGACUCAGAGUCGGUCCUGAGCUGGAGAUUCCUGGAUAUGGAUGUGCAGACCACUACUUGGAGGGCGAUCUCUUUCUUCAUUGCUGGGAAUCCCUGGCGACCAUCAUCACCAACCCAGAUGUCGGCGAUUGUAUCCUCGAUAUCGGCAUGCCCGUGCGGCACAAUUCAGUCCGCUACAACUGCCGUGUGAUUGUCUUGAACAAGAAGAUCCUUCUUAUCCGUCCCAAAAUGGCCCUGUGCGAGGAGGGAAACUAUUUCGAGUCUCGAUGGUUCACACCCUGGACACGGCAACGAGAGGUUGAAGACUACCCACUCGAAGAUGCGAUUAGCAGUGUCACUGGCCAGAAGACUGCCCCGUUUGGAGAUGGAGUCCUCCAGACAAUUGACACGUUGGUUGGUGCUGAAACAUGCGAGGAAUUAUUUACCCCAGCCGCGCCGCACAUCCCAAUGGGACUUAAUGGCGUUGAGAUCUUUGUGAACUCUAGUGGCUCCCAUUAUGAAUUGCGGAAACUACAAACCCGUGUCUCCCUCAUCCGGGAGGCAACAAGGCAGAAUGGUGGUAUAUACGUGUAUUCUAAUCAACGAGGCUGCUCUGGAGACAGAUUAUACUAUGAUGGCUGCGCCAUGAUCAUCGUGAACGGCAGGCUUCUAGCUCAAGGAAGCCAAUUCAGCCUGAAUGACGUCGAGACCAUCACCGCUAAUGUCGAUCUCGAGGACGUGCGGUCGUUCCGUGUCUCUCACUCGCGGAACCUUCAGGGUGCCCAGGCUGCUCCCUACCCACGUAUACCAGUCGACAUCCGCUUGACACAUCCAGGGUUCGAACAAACCGGAAAAUUCAUAGCUCCCUCUCCAGAUAUCCCGGUUCGUUACCACUCUGCCGCUGAGGAAAUCCAAUUCGCCCCUGCGCUUUGGCUUUGGGACUAUCUAAGGCGCUCCAGGACAGCGGGAUAUUUCCUGCCUUUGUCCGGCGGUAUCGACUCUGCCUCAACGGCUGUGCUGGUGUUUUCGAUGUGCCGGCUGCUGCAUGAUGCAGUCACAUCCGAGAAAACUCUAGUUCACACAAAGAAGCUCGUCCUAGACGACCUUCGUCGGGUCUGUGCACAAGCUGACGACUGGACUCCUUCCAGCCCACAAGAAAUUUGCAAUCACAUUUUCCAUUCUACCUACAUGGGCUCAGAGAACAGCAGCAAGGAGACUCGGUCCAGAGCAGCGGCUCUUGCAAAUGCGAUAGGAUCUUACCACAUCGAUCUGAACAUUGAUGGUGUUGUGUCCGCUCUCACCAUGCUCUUCACUACUGUCACCGGCUUCACUCCAAGCUUUACUUCCAAAAAUCCCUCCGAGGGGCUUGCUCUACAGUGCGUGAACCUGGAUACCUGUCUCGGGUUCAUUAGUGCCCAACUCUUGCCCAGCGUCAGAAAACGCAAAGGGGGUGGUGGUCUUCUGGUUCUGGGCUCCGCCAACGUCGACGAGCAACUCCGUGGCUACCUGACGAAAUAUGACGCCAGUAGCGCUGACAUAAAUCCAAUCGGUGGUAUAUCCAAGGUCGAUCUUAGAAUGUUCCUCGCUCACGCCCGGGACAAUCUCGACCUGCCUCUCUUGCAGAGCUUCCUUGACGCUACGCCAACAGCCGAACUAAUCCCGACAACCAACGCCGAUGCCCACACCCAAUCCGACGAGGAGGAAAUGGGUAUGACAUACGCCGAACUCAGCGUACUGGGCCGUCUGCGCAAGGUCGGGCGGCUCGGGCCAUGGGGUGUCUUCGAGAAGCUCCUCCCAGUCUGGACAUCCACGCCGCCGAACCCAGAGAUGCUCGCCACCGAAGAUCGCGGCACACACUCAGAUCCCCAGUACGUCCACAGCGUGGCGCACGGGAAGGGCAUGACGCCACGUGCCGUAUAUGAGAAAGUCAGAAAAUUCUUUUAUUAUUACGCAAUCAACAGACAUAAACAAACUACCCUGACGCCUGGACUGCACAUGGAACAGUAA